CGAGUAGGAAGCUCCGCGCGGCGGCGGGGGCGGCGAUGUUCCACUGCAUCCCCCUGUGGCGGUGCAACCGUCAUGUGGAGAGCAUCGACAAGCGCCACUGCUCGCUGGUCUAUGUCCCCGAGGAGAUCUACCGCUAUGCCCGGAGCCUGGAGGAGCUACUGCUGGACGCCAACCAGCUCCGCGAGCUGCCCGAGCAAUUUUUCCAGCUAGUCAAAUUACGAAAGCUUGGACUUAGUGAUAAUGAAAUUCAGCGGCUCCCUCCAGAAAUAGCAAACUUCAUGCAGCUGGUGGAACUAGACGUGUCUCGAAAUGAGAUUCCUGAAAUUCCAGAAAGCAUUUCAUUCUGUAAAGCACUGCAGGUAGCUGACUUCAGCGGAAACCCACUGACUAGGUUGCCAGAAAGCUUUCCUGAGUUACAGAAUUUUCUUUAUAACCUGGCUUCACUGGAACUGAGAGAGAAUCUUCUUACAUAUCUUCCUGACUCUCUUACCCAGCUUCGGAGACUAGAAGAACUUGAUUUAGGAAACAAUGAAAUAUAUAAUUUGCCAGAAUCAAUCGGAGCCCUCUUACAUCUAAAAGAUCUCUGGUUGGAUGGAAAUCAGCUGUCAGAAUUACCUCAGGAAAUAGGAAAUCUGAAGAACCUGCUGUGCUUAGAUGUCUCUGAAAACAGGUUGGAAAGACUUCCUGAAGAAAUCAGUGGCCUGACUUCAUUAACGGAUUUAGUCAUUUCCCAGAACUUAUUAGAAACUAUUCCGGAUGGCAUUGGAAAACUGAAGAAACUGUCAAUCUUGAAGGUGGAUCAGAAUAGACUCACACAGUUGCCUGAAGCAGUUGGGGAUUGUGAAAGUCUCACUGAGUUAGUUCUUACAGAAAAUCAGCUCCUGACCCUACCUAAAAGCAUUGGAAAACUAAAGAAGUUGAGCAACUUGAAUGCAGACAGAAAUAAAUUAGUGUCCUUACCAAAAGAGAUCGGCGGGUGCUGCAGCCUCACUGUGUUCUGUGUGCGUGACAAUAGACUAACUCGGAUACCUGCAGAGAUGUCACAGGCAACAGAACUUCAUGUGCUGGAUGUGGCAGGGAACAGGUUGCUGCAUCUACCUUUAUCCCUGACUGCCUUGAAGUUGAAGGCUCUGUGGCUAUCUGACAACCAGUCGCAGCCCCUGCUUACAUUCCAGACAGACACAGACUACACCACGGGAGAGAAGAUUUUAACCUGUGUCUUACUUCCUCAGCUGCCUUCUGAACCUACUUGUCAAGAGAAUCUGCCUCGCUGUGGUGCGCUGGAGAACUUGGUAAAUGAUGUCUCUGAUGAAGCCUGGAACGAGCGUGCUGUCAACAGAGUCAGUGCAAUCCGAUUUGUGGAGGAUGAGAAAGAUGAAGAAGACAAUGAGACGAGAACACUUCUAAGGCGAGCCACUCCACACCCAGGGGAGUUAAAGCACAUGAAAAAGACAGUGGAGAAUUUACGGAAUGACAUGAAUGCUGCUAAAGGACUGGACUCAAACAAAAACGAGGUCAAUCAUGCCAUUGACCGAGUGACCACUUCUGUGUAGAGUUUCACCUCCGAGUUUUACCUCCUGUGUCUUCCUCUGCUGUCCAGACGUUCCUGUCUGCUUCCGGGGAGCCUCACGUGCUCCUUGUCUUAGCUAACCAGCCCCCGUGCGCCAUCCUCCCGUGGAGUGUGGGGAAGCUGCUGUCUCCCAGGAAGUGCCUUACUCGUCCCGCAACCAGUCAGCCACCAGUGGUCUCCCGGCGUGAUUUUUUUUUUUUUUUAAUUUCAGUUGUUUGUAAUAAGUAGAAUACACUACUGUAAACAUACGACUUUUGUUUUUGUCUUAUGUUGGGAUAAGGGAGAGCAGAAAGGGGAAUUUUUAUCCUACUCCCUUCCAUAAAGUGCUGGGACAUUUUGAAUCCCCCAGGUUCCCUUGGACCUACUGAUGAGAGAUAGUUUUAUGUAUGGGGAAAAAUGGAUACUUUUUAAACCUUUUUUGGCAGCUCAGAUGGUGUAAAUUUUAAAAUUUUGUAUAGGUAUUUCGUAACAAAAAUAUGUAUUUCUUUUUUGUUAUUUUAUCUUGAAGACGGUACAUAUUUUAGUAUUUGUGCAGAGAAACAAGUCCUAAAGUAUUUGUUUUUAUUUGUACCAUCCACUUGUGCCUUACUGUAUCCUGUGUCAUGUCCAAUCAGUUGUAAACAAUGGCGUCUCUGAACAGUGAGAUGAGAAUAGGAAUGUGGUAUUUUAAAGCAGUGUUGUAUUUUAAUCAGUAAUCUACCUGGCAGAUUUGUUUUUAACCAAAAAGAUGAAUUAUCAAUGAUUUGUAAUUGUAUCGGUUGAUUUUUUUUUUUGAAAAGAUGAACCAAAGGAUUUGACUGCUAAUAUUUUAUUCCUUACACUUUAACUUUUUCUGAAUAAGUCUCUCAUAAUGAGCGCAGUGUCAGACUGCACCUACUCUGAUGGUAUGUGCCAUUUGUAAAAUAAAAUAGAUCAGAAAAGCACAAAAAGAGAAAACUGGUUCAGACAUUCAGUGGGCAAAUAAAUUAUGUACUGCAAAAGAAUGAUUUUUAUUCAAGAAAGCUUUAAAAGUUUUAUAUCCAGAUAUACAACCACAAUAAAGCAAAAUAACCUAUCAAAAUAGAAAUGUUGCUAUCUUUAUAAGUGCAAUUUAAUUUGUAAAUAGAGUUUGAAUCAAAGUAUCAGAAAAUACUGCUUCAAGAUUUAAUUUUAAAUCUGCGAAUUUAAGGGAUAUUGGGAAAAGUUUUGGUGUGUUUCUGUUGACUUCUUUUUUGUAUGCUGUGAUAAAAGAGAAAUGAAAAGUGCCAGUCACUGUGUGGUGUCUAGGAAAAUCAUAUAUAUUUUUUUUCUCCAAGAAAUAAAUUCUUCCUGGACAUUGGC